AUGGGCUGCCCCCUCUUGCGGAACGCGUUUGCCGGUUUGAUCCUGGUACUGCUGUCGAAAGCGUCCAGUGUGCACGGAGCGGAAUUCGGACACCUGCCGGACAACAUUACAGUGUUGGAAGGAGAAAGCGUCACUUUGAGAUGUCGGAUUGACGAGGAGGUCACCCACAAGGCCUGGCUGAACCGCUCUAACAUCCUCUUCACGGGGACAGACAAGUGGUCACUGGACAAGCGUGUGACGCUGGCCAACAGUAACAACAGUGACUUCUCCAUCCACAUCGACAAGGUGCAAGUAACCGACGAGGGGCCUUACACUUGCACCUUCCAGGCCAAUAACAAGCCCCGCGUCGCCCACGUCUACCUCAUUGUCCAAGUGCCGGCCAGAAUCGUCAACAUCUCAAAAAACGUGUCGGUGAACGAAGGAGAGAAUGUAAACCUCUACUGUCUUGCAGUGGGUCGGCCUGAGCCCACUGUCACCUGGAAAGACCAGAAAUAUGGGUUGGUAAGUGACGGGGAGUUCCUAGACAUCACAGAGAUCAAGAGGCAGCAGGCCGAGGACUACGAAUGCAUCACCAACAAUGGAGUGGCUCCACCCGAUCAGCGCAAGGUCAGGGUCACGGUCAACUACCCUCCCAUGAUCACAGACAUGAAGAACAUGCCAGCCCAUUUGGGUAAGACGGCAAUCUUGCGCUGCGAAGCCAUGGCAGUCCCACCAGCCUCCUUCGAGUGGUACAGAGAUGACCACAGGCCGGUAGAGAGUGACAACACCCUGAGGAUCAAAAACGAGAAGACGCGCUCGCUGUUGCUGUUCACCAAUGUGACAGAGAAACACUUUGGCAACUACACCUGCUUUGCCGCAAACCGUCUAGGGGCUUCCAACGCCAGCAUGCUGCUGUUUCGGCCAGGGGCCAUACAAGGGCGAGGGACUGGUUUACAUGCAGGGAUGAGUGUCGGCGUGAGUGUUUGGGUUUCCCUCUCUGCUGUUCUUCUGCUGAAGGUGUAAAGAUCGAGCUCCACCUGGAAUUGUCCCUAAACGUCCUUGAAAGCCCCCCUCACCCCACCCCCUCUUCCUCCCUCUCUCCCCCUCUACGGAAGGAAGACGGAAAUUAAAUUCUUUAAUUACGAACCCAUCACUGUGAACAAAAAGAAUAUGCAUUAUUCCAGGAGCCAUUGAAUCAUUGCAUCAAACACAUGACCACAUUGACCCCCCCCCCCCCUUCCCACCACCACUACCCCUCCCCAAAACCCUUUCACCCUCAAUUCAAUAUGAGGUCAAACCAUUGUCAUCAUCUCACAUACACACUGUGUGUCUCUCUCUCAGAAUGCCUUGCAGAUUUGUCUGACUCGGUACUUCCCUCCUCAUCUUGUUUUCCCCUCAUUAUUACCACUGGCCUGAUGAUAGAGAGUGUAUAUUAACUGAUUAUUGUGUCAGUGAUCAAUGAGAAAAUAGAUAAUCUAACAAGUGGACGAUCAUUAAUGUAAUAUACUACAUAGACUAAUGACUGACCUACAAUGUUUGCCUUAUGGAAAUGAUACAUAAAAUCUCAAUAUUAUGGUGGAUAUUUAUGGAAAUUAUUGUUAUAAUGUGGUACUGACGGUCGCGUGACCUUUUGAAAAUUGUCCAAUUGGUGGCCAUGUGAAGUGUCACCCUCUGAUCACACCUACACACACACACACACACACACACACACACACACACACACACACACACACAUAUGUAUGGCUUUUUGAUUUUAACUGUUGAGCAGUGAAGCUGCUAUGAAUGAUGUCAAAAUGUAUUUAAAACAAAAGGUUGGGUGGUGACGGCGUCGGUCUUAACUACCCCUUUAUGUAAUUUGGGGGGUUUAUUACCAAGGUUUCGCAUGUAGACCCCCUCACUACCCAAACCUUUUUAGCCCCCUGCCCCGCCCCCUCUGUUCAAUGUGCUCUGUCUAGUCGCCCUUUGCAUCGCAAUAGUGUUCUCUGCUCCGUGUCACCCCUCUCCUCCCUCCAUCUUUCUCCCCAGUGUAAAUAUAUGCAGUACAGAGGCCACGCUGGCAACCUCAAGUUGCCUGGCGCUGAACAACUUCUCCCAUCAGCCUCAAAUACGCUCCAGUUUUCUGAAGCAGCACGAGACUGUCCAGUGACAACAACAUCUUCUGUUUCGAAGCUGCGACUCCAUCCUCUUCGUCGCUUGUUGAUAGCAUGUACCGGUUAGAAAUGUUCCUGUUGUGAGUCCAUACUCCCUUCACUCUCUCUCU